GAAACAUUUGGCAAUGAUAAAAUGUGAUAAAAUAAAAAUAUGAAACAAGAAAAAGGCAUCUGUUCUUAAGUGUACGCAGGUCCAGUUGUGCCUUAUAUGGUAUGAGCAACAUACUUUUUACUCACAUAUAACGAAUCAAAUUCUCACUAUUUCUCCAACCCCCUAAAAUGAAGAUCCUCGGACUGGUGCUAGUCGGCUUGGUGCUUCGUUUUGCUAACUCUCAACCUGUGAGACUAGAGCGAUACAAUGUUGACAGGAACCACAUUUCUGUUUCCGGGAUCUCAUCAGGGGCAGCCAUGGCCGUCCAGCUCCACGUGGCCUUCUCUCAUACAUUCCGGGGAGUAGGGACAUUCGCCGGUGUUCCUUACUUCUGCGCCCAGGGGAGUGCACUGGACGCAAUCAACGUAUGUAUGGAUGCACCACAGAGCAUCAACGUAGGAGAACUGAUCACCGAGGCAAGUGAUGCGGCCAACAAUGGGCGUAUAGACAGCACCAAUGGCCUCCUACAGGACAGGGUGUAUAUGUACCACGGUGCUGUAGAUGACGUUGUCCUCCCAGCGGCUGUUGAAAAAGUCCAGGAGUUCUAUAAUAAUUAUGGUGGAAAUACAAGAGUUCAAUUAAUCACUGAUGGCGGACAUGGAAUGCCAACGGAUAACUAUGGCAACUCAUGUAGCUCCUCUAGCUCCCCCUAUAUCAACAACUGUGGAGUCAAUGGAGCGUUCGAGUGUCUCAACCAUAUUCAUGGCAACAUACAAGCCCCAAGUGCAACGCUCAACGGAGUGUUCCAAGAGUACCAACAGACUGAAUUUGCUCCCGGUACAGAUAGUUUUGAGUCUGCAGGUUUUAUGUAUGUGCCAUCACGUUGUGUGGACCAAACAAGAGCCUGUAAACUGCAUAUUGCCCUCCACGGCUGUCUUCAAGGAAGAGAGGAAGUGGGUGACGUUUACGCUAGAAACGCUGGCUACAACGAGGUAGCAGAAUCUAAUGACAUCAUAGUGCUCUACCCACAACUCAGGGCAGAUACGUUGCUAGGUAACCCCAAUGGAUGCUGGGAUUGGUGGGGUUACGAGGACAACGCUUUCUUUCCCUUAGAAUAUCAUGUUAGAGUUGGACCACAAAUGGCUGCAGUUAAGAACAUGUUGGAUCGUGUAGUUGGAACAAACUAG